UGUUACCUUUAUUUACAUUUUGUGAUAAUUUUUAAAACUGCCCAAUUUGUGUAUUUUUUUGCAUUUAUUAUUAACUAAAAUAUGUCUACAGUGUUAAUUACUCAGGAAAUGUUCAACAACAUGAAUUUCGAUGCUAAAACUGAAAAGAAUGCAACAACAGCAACAAGUAACAAUGAAAGUGCCGAUAAAAAACCCUCGGUUUUGAUAGUAUUUGCCAACAGUGAUAUAAAUGCGGCUCUUUACCAUUUAAACAAAUCUCUGGAGUCACCCUUUAACCCUACAGCAAUUGCCACAGUUUUGGUGCAAGAAGCAAUUAAAGAUGAUUUUGUUAGUAAACUGCAGCAACAGCUUAAAACUUAUCCCGCCGAAGCUGUAAAAAAUAAUGUAAACUUUGUAAAGGCCUUGGCUACAGCAACUAAACUUAAUGCUAAAACUAUUGGAGUACCAAAACAGGAACCUAAUGAAUACUCUCCCACUUUGGUAUGUGAUUUUACUCACGAACAAUUGGGUGCCUCUACCCCCUCAGGAAUUGUUACUUUACAUACCUACCGUACAGCCAAAGAAGCAGUGGCUUUAGUCAACAAGGAAUCUUUGAAAUUUAACUCAGUUUCCAUUUGGCAUGAAAAUCAUAGUUAUGCUUAUGAAUUGAUUGCAGCUCUUACAUCGUCAGCGUUCUUUAUUAAUUGUUAUCAAGUGUCUUUGGCCGUUUUGGGGGAUAGUAAAAAUCAUGUAGUCUUGGAUAAAUCUUAUCAUUAUGAAACUUUGCUACAUGAUGGAGUACAAAAGAGUAUUGUAUUCCCUGUAGGCAGUAUAUUUGCCAAUUAAACUGCUGCCAUAAGUAUAACUAAAAGUGUAACGAAAUUAUGAGAUUUUAUGUGUAUUUUUAAAAUACUUUUUUUUAAAAAUAAAAUUGUGAAUAAAAUUUAAUAUAAAAUUGAAAUUAAAAAA